AGCUUGUUUACCUGCUGCUUAGAUACUGAAAAGCUCUGAGCAAUUUGUGGGAGCUGACAGAGGAAACCGUACUCAUUUACAACCAUUCCAGGACUGAAGAAGAGUUUUGAAAUGGGUAUUACUUUCAUGUCUACCCAUCUUUGGAUUAGCAUUGAUUUAUUCAUUCCAAGCAGAUCAUGAACUUCCAUCAUCCUUACAUGCAUCAUUAUUAUGGUCCUAUGUUCUUGGUUGCUCCAAGGUGCGAGGAUCUAACAGCCACUCCCAGCCACAGUACUCCAGCGGCGACCAUCCUCACGGAGAACAUCAUAAGUCCUCAGGACAACGUCCUAGAAUACCACCAUUAUUAUGGAUCGACACCAGCUUUUCUACCCAGCCCCUGGUAUUUGUGUUACCCUCAUCUAUGUACACAUCCUCACCUAAACCUGCCAGUAAACAAGACCCCUCAAGGCAAUCCUCCUGACCCCCAGGAUGGCUCAUGGCCUGAAGGCUUCACAAUGAGAGGUGAGCUUCGCUGGGGGAUGCUGGAGAGAGUAUUUGGAGUCAGCCGGGAGCUUCCAGACUUUGUGAAAGAGGACCUGCGGCGCGUGUAUGGUACCUACCCCAGCACCGGUGUGAGCAUUAGCUAUCACAGAGGAGAAUUUGUGGUGCGGGGAGACCCGCGGGUAGGGGAACAGGAGUACCGGGUGGAGAAGAAGGUGGUCCGAAAAGUCGAGAGCCCACAUUAUGGGGAGAGUAUGAAUGAAAUUGUCAAAAAGGAAAAGAAGAAGAAAAAAAGAAAGAAAGAAAAAUGACCUAAUAAAAGGGCAAGGUUGUCCAUUGUUUUCUUUUUAUUUGUUGACUUUGUUUAUUUGUAUUUUGAAAAAAGUUGUAUUUUACUAGACAGAUUUUCACAGAAGUGGGCAGAAGCUUAUCAGUGAACGUGGGCCAGGAUUGUUGCGUCAUUUAUUUUGAACCCGAUAAACCUUUGUGUGCUUUGAGCCCAGUCAUUGUGUGUCGUUUCCCCAGAAAAGUAGGAAUCAUUUUUUAACUUAAAGUUAAAAAAAAUAUUGAUUUACUAUUUACUAUAAUUAUACAAAAUUAUGUAUAAAGUGUGUUUUUUAAAGCAAAUCAUACUGUUUUCACCUGUCUGCCUCGUCAAGUCUACACCAUUUCAUGUGGUUCGAGCGACAAAACAUAUCACACUAUACCUAUUUCAUAAUUUUACACUGUAUUUUAUCUCAGAUGAUUUCAUGGAUUGUCAUCUACUGCUGUGGGUGGUGAGUAUUCUUGGUAUGGUGUCCAUGACUUCCAGUUUCCAUGGAAUGAUCCUGAGUCAUUUACCAGGAGCCAGAGAUAAGACAUAUUUGUGGUCAGUGUGUGGGUGGACAUGUAACGUUUGCAUACUUUAACUCACAUUUCAUUACUGUACGCCUUCUUGGCAAUAGUAUUUGUACAUACAUGGACUUUGUCAAUAAAUGAAACAUUAUGUACAUGAUACACACUGUCCAGCAUCCAAAGUUUCCUCGUCUUGGUAGGAAAGUAUUGUAUCCAUGUGACAAGCUGUGUAAGAGUUACACUUUCAGGUGCCUUCUCCAUAAACGAGUACACCGAACGACUGACUGAAAAGGUGUGGUUCAAGUUAAGGAAGUUAGAAAAGUAAUGUGUGUGUAUUUCUAAGACCAUUUGACUAGCACACCCACUCACAUUCCCACUCAUAAAUGCAAAGUGUAUAUCUCACAGAAGUGCAGUGACUGUGAUAAACUGGUAAAAAUGAGAAACAGUACAGAAUUUGUUUAGCAAAUGUAUUAAAUUUCACUUUUACAAGCAUUUAAAGGCCAGCAUAUUUCUCAUGAAGGCCUACAACAACAACAGCAAAAAAAAAAAAAUCUUCACAAAACAUUUCCUUCAAAUAAGAAAAAAAUAAGAUCUCAAAACAUCUUAAUACACCAAAUCCAAUAUAGAUUGUUCAUCUAUAGAGAGGUUGAAGAUCGAGAGCACACUGCCAGAAGAACUGAGCCCAUAGAUGAGCUCCUCAUGACCACCAUCUAUGGAAUUCAGUUCUCAGGGCCAAGUGCUCAGGAGAACCGUAUAUCAGCCAAAGUUCUGGACUGUUAAGAAGA